AUGAACGAACAUCAAAUACAAGGUAGCGCCAUGGUUUCCAUGCCAGUCUCCACUCAGAACGCCAACGUUCUUGGCAACAAGACACGUUCUGCAACUUCUGACCUCAGCAAUCCAGCCAAGCGGAGGGCGAUUGCGAAAAACAUUGUCAUCAAACCUGCCGACUACGUGAAGAGCGCCUUCAAAGCCAAUGGCUUCGAUCUCGACGCGGUCAAGGCUUCCGCUGAGAAAAACUUCUCAGAGCCGACAGAAGCCAUGCUUUCCUCGUAUACGUCAGAGCUUUUGGCGAAUGUCCGGAAAAACAACAUGGAAAAGUUGAGGCAACUGCAUGCAGAAAAGAAACUGGUCAACUCGAGUAACAAAUUUGGGGAAUCAUUGUUGCAUCUGAGCUGCCGGCGGUCGUUUACAGAAAUGACAAAGUUUCUGAUUUUCGAUGUGAAGGUGGAUCUGAACAUUCGGGAUGAUUACUUCCGCACUCCACUCCAUGAUGCUUGUUGGACUCCGGAACCUAAUUUUGAACUUGUCGAGUUGCUCAUAAAAGAAGCACCCGAACAUUUGCUGCUGGAAGAUGUCAGAGGAUUCACACCCUUUGACUAUGUACGAACUGAUCACUGGAAACUAUGGUUAAGAUUUCUAUGGGAAAGGAGACAGCAACUGAGACCAAAAGAUCCAAAAAUAAUCUAA